AUGGCUUACUCAAGCUACGCGCGGCACGCGGCGCAGCGUGUGUCUGCAAGGGAGGGGAGCGAGGAGGCGCCACAGAGGCGGCGGGGGACGAUCACGCGGGUGAACCGCGCGUGUAACGCAUGUCGGCGGGCCAAGAUCCGCUGUAUCGGUGCCUCCACGCCGCCAUGCGAGCGCUGCAGGCUGAGCGAGCAGGAAUGCGUGCUCGAGAAGCCGCGCGCGGCGCACGGCGACGCGGGGGCAGGGGUGGACGAGCGGGUCCACGCGCUCGAGGAGCAGAUGGCUGCCGUGCGCGGGCUGCUGGGCGACGUCGUGCGCGCCGUUUGUCCCCAACUCGAGUCACCACGAUCAUACCCCAGCCCCAAUAGACGCCGUUAUCCCGAGUCCAUUGAGGCGCGCCGGCGGUCCGCGAGCCCGAGGCGGCGCUCUGCGAGCCCGCGAGCCGACGUGCUCGCCAUGGAGGAGAUGGCCAACCCGCUCGGCGCGAUGGCGAGCCUCGCUGGCGCUGCGCCGCGGCAGGGGCACGCAGAGCUGGACCCCGUGAGCGCCGGGCUCGUGUCCGAGGCCGAGGGCCGCGCGCUCGUGGAGCAGUUCUACGCCGGCGCAAGCGGCUUUAUCAACGCGUACGACGGCGCAUACGACACGUUCGCUGCUCUGCGUGCGCGCGAUGCGUUCUCCCUGACGGCCGUGAUGCUCGUCGGCGCAGUGUCGCGCGACGGCGCAAGCGUCAGCGCGGCGCAGAGCAUAUGCCGCGCCACGGCCGAACGCAUGGCCAUGGGUACGCUGAUUGCGCCCGCAGCCUCAGUCGAGACGGUCAAGGCGCUGAUUCUGCUCGCGGCGUAUACCGACAACAACGGGUGGUUGCUCGCCGGGCACGCGGUGCGGAUCGCCACCGAGCUGGGGCUGGGACGGGCGUUCGGGGAGCUCGUGAGCGGCGGUAUGGGGGCUGGGAGGGGCAGGGAGGAGGUGGAGGCUGAGCGCGGGCUGUUGGAGCGCGCGAGGGUGUGGUACUGCGUGUACCGCCUCGAACACCAAAUGUCCUAUGGCUCUGGCCGGGCCGCGAUCGUGCGCGAAGACGCGACGAUCCACAACUCGCGCCUCCUCCUCGACCAUCCGCUGAGUCUGCCGUCGGACGUGCGGUUGAUCUACGCUGUCGAGCUGUUGGCGCUGCGGGCCCCGCUCCACGUCGAGCUCACUACCGCGCCCGAGACCCCGCUCGACGGGCACACGCUGUCGCGGCUCCAGUGGGCCAACGAGCAGUUCGACGCGUGGGAGCGGCACUGGGCCGACGUCCUCGCACGUUCUGGGGAAAGCCGCGGCUUUGUGCGCGAGAGUCUGUCGAUGCAGCGCCAGCUCGCCGAGCUGUUCAUCAACUCGCAGCUCCUGCGCGGGGUGCACUCCGUGUCCGACGUCGAGGCGAUGAGUGACGACAAGCGCGCGUUAGCACUGAGGGCAAUGCACAACGCCACGCGGUGUGUGGACUUUGUGUUGCGCGGGAGGCAUUACUCGGCCAACCUGCCCCACGGGACACACUACACGCACGUCUGCGCGGCGUUCGCUGCGUCAUUCUUGAUCCGCAUUGCACGCUUCUUUCCCGACGAGCUCGAUCUGGAGCGGGUGGCCGAGGACGUCGAGUCGAUGGCGGCUGUGCUGGAUAAACUCCCCGCUGGCCGCUACGCGCGCUCCCUCCGCCUCAUGCUCCGCAAGGCCCGGCGCGAGCACAUCCUCCCGGAGCGGAGUGCCACCGGGGCCGCGGAGACGCCACUACCGAGCUCGGCAGUCGAGGCGUGGCUGACCAGCCUACAGGUCGACGUCGACCCCGCAGCGCUGCACAGUGCCGGGGUGGCGCCCGACGCGCCGCUGCCCCUCUUUCUGUCAGGCGACCUCGGCACGUCCGCCGCGCCGUCCGACGCAGUGCCCUUCGUUGGCCUCGAGGAGUUUUUCCUCCCGCCCAGCUUGGACGAGUUGCUCGCGUUCGAUGAGUAG